CGGCGGCAGCAGCACAGGGCAGCGGAGCGACCAGCGGAGUCACACCGAGGAGCAGCAGCUGAGGAGCGGCGGAGCUGAGGCGGAGGCUCCGGUCCUCCCUGCCGGACUUUGACUGUUUUAACCCGCUUUAGUCCUCCUCUGCCGCCGCUCUGCUGCUCGACAGGGACGAAUAACGGACUUACGGAGAAAGUGGGAGAAGUAGCGUCAUUCGGCCGCCGCCGGCAGCCUGACAGCCGCCGGCAUGAAGAAGAACAGCUCCGGGAAACGGGGUCCGCAGGACUCCACGCAGCAACACGUUCAGCCCGAGAAGGUCGGCUGGAUCCGGAAGUUCUGCGGGAAAGGAAUCUUCAGAGAGAUCUGGAAGAACCGGUUUGUAGUUCUGAAGGGAGAUCAGCUGUUCAUCUGUGAGAAAGAGGUGAAGGAGCUGGGUCGGGCUGACGAGGUGCUGGACCUGUCCGACUACGAGCGCUGUGAGGAGAUCAGGAAGAACAAGAGUCGCAGCAAAAAGAACCACAGCAAGUUCAGACUGCAGCGCUGCAGCACGCCGGGGAACACGGUCCCGAACCUGGUCUUCCUGGCUGUCAGUCCAGAGGAGAAAGAGUCCUGGAUCAACGUCCUGAAUGCUGCAGUCACACGAGCCAAAAACCGAAUCCUGGACGAGGUGACAGUCGAAGACUCCCAGCUGUCUCAUCUGACUCGAGAUCGAGUAAAGAUCCCUCACAGCCGACGGCUGCCGACAAGAGGUCACCUGCUGGCUGUGGCCUCCACCUCCUCCUCAGAUGGGAUGCUGACUCUAGAUCUGAUCCAGGAGGAGGACGCUCUGUCUCCCCGGGGAGCCGACGGCUGUGACACCUUCAGGGUAAACUUGGACAAAUCUCUGACCCACCUCAGCCCGGACUGUCCCAGGUCCAAAACUGAUGGCGGGCUCUCUGCCAGGAUCGGCGAGACUUCUGGCAAAUCCCAGAGCCUUCCCCGUGAGGUGGCAGUGGUGUGGGAACAGACGGGCCCUGCCCAAAUCCCCCAGCCUGAAAAGCGCCCGAUGACAGCAGAGAGAAGCCGCUGCGCCUCCAUGGACGAGAUCCUGACGCACUCAGAGACUAAAGCUGCUAAGAACAAGACGACGGCGUCCCGUUCGCCGGCCUCCACGCUGACCGACGCAGUGGCGCCUGUCAGCCAGCUGCAGCAGCUGAUCAGCCAGAAGCUGCAGAAGACGGAGCAGCUGCUGACAGAGGUGCGAGGGGAGGCUGAGGGGGGGGUCGGGGAGCGGGGGAAGAUGAGGGGGAGGGAGUCGACCGAAGGAGCGCGAGCUGAUGCUCAGAGACUUCUGACGGAGGCGCUGGCAACUUGGAGUCAGGCCCAGGAGGUGCUGGAGGAGGUGAAGGAACUGAGGGCAUUGUACCGACAACUGGAUUCCUCCUCCCCCCUCACCCCCCCCAACAGCAAAUUAAACCCAGGCGGCAAGAGCCUGAUGUAAACCGCAUCGUACGAGCGCGAGUCAUUCUGGUACAAAGUGGUUCAGACCAGUCCAGUCCAUGUAAAGCCACAGAGCUGAACGCAGACUCCGCUUCUCUUUGUGGACUUGAGACGAAGCUGCUGAGAACUGGAUCAACCACUUUUAAAUUAUUUUGGGAAAUUUCAGCAUCUUCAGAAAACUUCGUUCUUACAAAUCAGAGAGAAGCAUCAAGUUAUCAAGUUAACUGAUGUCACAUCUCGUCUUGGCUCUGAAAACCCCUAAAGGUACACUAUGUAAGACUUUUAGUUUAAAACAUUAAUAAACUAUUAAUUAAAUGAUCAAGAGAGAGUGAGGGAAGAGCAGUUUAGACGAGUGAUGUCAGCAUCAGUUCAUUUUGCUUUUGACAGCUGUUAGCUGGUAACUAACUGGUUAGCUUUGCUCUGAGCAGCCAACGGGAGAAAUUCCAGUCAACUGUGGACCUCAUUAACCGAUGGACAGUUAACCACUGACAUCCCUGGUUUUGACGUUUUGUCUAUGGAGAGCGAGAUCUGUCUCAACAUUAAUGAAUGCACUCAGAAGGAUUCAGGUAUUUCAGGAUUUAAGUAUAAAUUAAUAUUAGUUAUAGUUGUUAAAUUUUACACAAACCUGCAUUUCCAACUUGCCCGUCAUGCGUGAACUUCACUGAAUCCGCGUGUUUGAGACUCCUGAUGAGGCUCGCUUCACAAACGCAUUGUUUCAACAGGGAAGUGUCUGCAGCCAAUCAGAUAGCUCCUUCUGCUUCAGCCAAUCAUUGAAAGACGUGAUUGCACAGCGUUAGACCUGCACAGUCUGCAGCUCUGCAGUAGUCUCCUGUCCUGCAUCUUUAAAUAUAAAUGCUUGUUCAGUUAUUGAUGUGGCAGGUAACGCUAGCAUUGGCUAACAAGUUAGCUAGGCUAUAUAAUGCUAUAUAGACAUCCUUAGAUGAUCACAUAGCAAGCAUUCAGAACUUCACUUCACAUUUAAUGAUGCAGGACCGGAUCACCGAGCAGCUGCCUCAUUGAGGUUGACCUGCAGGGAGAUGAACGCCAUCGAUAUACUGAACGGUAGAAACCGCGCUCCGGCUGGUGUGCAGCAGCGUGGAGUGUAAAGCUACGUGAUCACGUACGUGACCCUUGAAUCUACGUGAUUGGCUGAAACAGAAGGAGCCAUCUGAUUGAAGAAGCUGAAGCAGUGAAGUUCACGUGUGAUGAAGGCGUGUGCAUCAGCACAUGUGUGAACCUUAGUUUUCUACAUGUGGAUGGAUUCAACAGGUGGCCAGUUCUUACAUAUUGUACCUUUAAAGUCUCUUCUUGGUUGCACAAAUAGAGGAUAACACUUGAGCUACCUUUAAAGAAAACUAUCUGACGUCAAUGAAAACGUGCCAAGACGAGAGUUCAGAGACCAGAAAGAACUUCGUGGACACUUGAUCUUGUCUGUCAUGUUUGUCUUCAUCACUUUGGAUCCUUUUUAUUUUGCUUUAUGAACGUUCAUGUAACAACCCGAGUUGGAGAUGUGCUGUUACAUCUUUAGAGAAAACUAGAACAAAGUGAAGUUUUAUGCAGCUGCUUACUGGACAUGAAGACGGUACGAAUGCAGGGUAAAUAUUGUAUGAAGGUCAACUGUAAUAGCUUUACUUUUCAUCCAGCACCACCAUCAGGUCUGCACAUUAAUGCGUCCAACACUUUGGUUUCUGAUCAAAUACCUGCAGAACUGAUGACAUCAGCCUCACUGAGAGUCUGUUAGGUCGAGUUACACCUGAAAAAACAGUUUGUGAAGGCGUUCGUGGUGUUAUGUUGUACGAACUACGGUGUUUGAAGCAGACUGAAGACUGCAGAGACCUGAAAACCUUGCUGGAGAAGUGAAGAACCAGCAUCAGCCUCCAGUCUGCCGGUUCACCUCAGCUCAGGCCUCUGGAAGCAACGGUGAACCAACAGCUUCCUGUCUCAUCGCAGCUGGAAACUCAAUGACUCAGGUGGAUACGUUUGAGUCCAACCCCCCACUCCUCAAAACACCUGAGCUGUACUUGAGACCCAACAACACCAGAUCCCACAGUGUUGGAUUGUUCGUUGCUUCAGAUUAGCCUGAGAAGCUAACAAAGCUAACAGUUCUAGAAAAACUAAAGUUACAACUAAAGAACAAGUCAAACAGAAGUCACAAUAUUCAAUGAAAGGCAUGAAAAGUAAAAAGCAACUAUUAAGCAUGUGCAGCUAUUAUAAAUUCUGCAGUCAUUAACAACAUGCUAACAAGCUAGCAAGCAAAUUAAUUUAAGAUGACCCACGGACAAAUUCAUAGCUGGUAGUGGAAAGCUGUUUUUAGUCCUUCUCAACACCCUGAACUAGCUGAUGGGCUAAGCAAGCUAAAACUAGCAACUAGUAACAUUAAUUAGCUGAUAAUAGCUAGCUAAUGUAGCAUCCUGGCUACAGGAAACAGCUGCGUCCCUGCUGUAAUAUGCAGAAGAUACUAGCUAAUUAGAGUUAUCUAAAUGUCAGUGAACACACAGCGAGCUAAUGCUAAACUUUUCACCAUCACUUCAGUCACAUCUUUAGCUUUUUUUGCUAACAAAGCACCAAAAUUAACUUUAACAUUCAGUGUAGCUGCCAAUUAAUUAUCUGUCAAUUGAUUGAAAAUCCAUAACUAAUUGAUUAAUUGUUCCCCCUAAACCGUUUCUAUGGGAAGCAGCCUGAAGGUUUUUGUUAUGGAAGUGGGCGUGGUUUAAUCUCAGGUGGGAGAGACACUCAGGUCACAUGACUUGAUGGACAGAUGUUAAAUCAAACCUUUGCACUGACGCACCUGGAGACUCGACCUCGUGCAGUUUAAUACAAUCAACCAGAGUUUUACUGAGAAAAGUUUAUUUUUGAAACCAGAUUCAGACUUUUGUACUGUUCUUAAACCUGCCUGGAGCUGAACUGCUCCCUGUUCCAGGUGUGUCGGGAGAUGAAGGAAGUCACAGGUGAAGGUACAGAAAGCUCCUGUUAAACCUCCGUCUGGUUUCACGGACAUGAAGGACUGAACCAACAGUUAUUUUAAGGUUAGUGACCUGCAGAAGCCUCCUGAAGUAUUUCAGAACAUAAAGUUUGAUUCCAGCGUUGAUAUUUUCAGAGCUGAAGGUCCGUUUAGUUUUCUGAUCGCUGAUGACGAUGAUGAUGGUUUCAUGCUGUUCCAGAGAAGUGAAGGACUCUGCUUUAACGUUCACUGAACAGUUUGGAUGUGGAUGAAUCCAGAACUCUCUCUGCUCUCACUGAUUCUGGAUCUGGUCUCAGGUCAGUUCCGUCAGACUGAGCAGGUGGAUCUUCCCUGUUGUUGCUGUUCUGUCACCGGGCAGCUGCUGUAGCCUUAAACCCAGAGGGGAUGAUGGGAGAUGUAGUCCAGUAGUGAUGUAAGCAGGCAGUGCUGUUGUGACUCCUGCUCAGUUCAUGUGCUAAAAUAAAAGCU